AAUUUCAGUCACUUCAUUCUUUACCACCACUUUCAAAACACCAAAAGUUGAUACCCAAGACGAUUUCAUUCUGUGUCUUUGAAAUAUGGCAGAUAGCGCUGAGACAUCUACAUCUAUCUCUGGUGUAGCAGCAGGACAAGACCCAACUCACACAUAUAUUCCAAAUCAAGGAUAUGUCCGCCCCGCCACAUCAGAUGCCCCUCCAAUGACGCCGACUUCUGGUGAAAAUACAGAAUAUGCCGCAGAUAACGAAGACGAUGCAUACGAUGAUUUGUUCGAUGAAGAAGAUGAUGGAUACGUUGAUGAUGUCGAUUAUGAUCCAUCCUCUGGUGAUCUCACCAAAUCGUAUAACCGUCAACGCAAGCUCAACGAUUCUAACGCCACCAGCGCUCCUCGAAUAAAUCCUCAGAGACCGGCUGCGAAUACCAAGGCAAGUGUCGAUGAUCAGAUCAGCAGUUUGUCAAAACAUGCUGCGAAGAUUAGAUUAGAUGGUGGAUUCGAUGGAGGUCACAAAACACAUGGGAAGGAUAAAUCAGAUCGUGCUACGAGUGAACAAGUUUUGGAUCCUCGUACACGUAUGAUUUUACUUCAAAUGAUCAAUAGAGGUAUUGUUUCCGAAGUCAAUGGAUGUUUAAGUACGGGUAAGGAAGCCAACGUAUAUGGAGCCUUGUCAAUCCCUUCAGCGGAUGCAGAUUCACAACCAAUUCACCGGGCUAUCAAAGUCUACAAGACUAGUAUUUUAGUCUUUAAGGAUCGUGAUCGUUAUGUUACCGGCGAACACAGAUUCAGGUCUGGAUACAAUAAAGGAAAUAACAGAGCUAUGGUCAAAGUCUGGGCCGAGAAAGAGUUCCGAAAUUUAAAACGUCUACACUUGGCUGGAAUUCCUUGCCCAGAGCCAGUUCAUCUUCGAUUACAUGUCCUUGUAAUGGGUUUCCUAGGUGACAAAAAGGGAUGGGCAGCGCCAAGACUUCGAGAUGUCGAGCUUUCUGGUGAAGAUAUCGAUGAGCAAUGGCGAUUACUCUACUUACAACUCAUUGGACUCAUGCGAAGAAUGUACCAAUCAUGUAAACUUGUUCACGCAGAUUUGAGUGAGUAUAACGUGUUAUACCAUCUGAAAAAGCUUUUCAUUAUCGACGUAUCUCAAAGUGUUGAGCACGACCAUCCUCGUUCGUUGGAGUUUCUCCGAAUGGAUAUUAAGAACGUCUCAGAUUUCUUCAAGCGCAAGAAUGUCGAAGUUCUUUCCGAACAAACUAUUUACCAAUUCAUAACUUUCCACGAUGGACCAACUCAGGAGCCAGGACUUAGUGAAGCGCUCGAAAAACUACUUAUCGAAAGGCCAGAAGAAGCUGUAACUGAAGAGGCCGUCGCCGAGCAAGAAGUCGAAAACGAAGUGUUUCGUCAACAAUACAUACCACAAACUCUAGAACAAGUCUACGAUUUCGAGCGCGACGCCGAGAAAGUAGGUAAAGGCGAAAGAGGUGACCUUGUGUACAGGAACUUGUUGGCUGCAGAUAAGAUGCCAAUGUCUUCAGGCAACGAGGCGGAUGCAGAAGAUACCGUGGGCGACAGCCAGGCUAGUGAUGAGGAGGAUGAGGAGGAUGAGGAGGGUGAUGAGGAUGGAGAAGAUGGAGAUGAAGAUGAUGACGAGAAGAGAUUUGAAAAGGGUACGCCAAGGGGCAAGAGAUUUGAGGAUAAGGAUGCUAAGAAGGUAUGUAUUGGCAUUUUUCCUUCCGCUUUUCGACCUACCACACUCCGUACCACUUAUUACGGAAUGAUGACCCAAUUUCCAUCCACAAAACAUGACGUCCCUUCUGGGACCAGAUUACAAAUAACGAGAACUUUUUGUCUGACCAUACUCAACUAUUUCAACUCUCAAACAUGGGUUUAUAACUUCCGAUCACUAAUUCAUCUUCCCAACAAUAGGAACACAAAAAAGCAGUCAAAGAAGAAAAACGCGAAAAGAGGAAAGAUAAAAUUCCCAAACAUCUCAAAAAGAAACUCGUGAGCUCGACGGCAAAACAUAAGCACUAGUUUAACGUCGAAAAUCAAAGCAUAAAUUCUCGAACAGAGUCAUUAACUCACUACUUUCUUCGCGUGAUUUUCAUUCCAUAACAAAUCAAGCUAGUGGGAAGUAUCAUAAACAUUUUUCCU